UGAGCACUGUGUGGAUGUAUGUGGGUGAUUGUUCACUUUUACAGAUUAUAUCAAGCUGGAACAAUUUCGCUCUGCACUGCAAUUCCUCGUAUUGUUCCUUAAAUGUGCACUGAAGGAUGGUUUAAUGGAAAUGAAGUGCACAGGGGAGAUUUGAGUGAUGCUCUAUGGGCCAUAUACAUCCGUCGCAUGAUCGUGUUUCACGGGAUUGGCCGAAGCAAAUGCCAGUCAACCCUGUCUUCAUGCCUGCAUGGGUCGCGGUAUAAACAGCAUGGCCAAGGCACAUUCCACUCGGUCUAAAUAUAUCUAUUAAGGCCACAGGAGGGGGAGGACUGGUGUAGGGGUUUAUCCUGGGACAUUUCACUGUCGUGGGUGCCCAAAUCGGUUGAAUUGUCUUUCGAAGAUUAUCAAUCAAUUGUUUUGUUUCACCCAAGGAGGCGAAGUUGCCCCAACAGAAACAUGCCCUCUAGUCACAGCUUGAGAUCCAGGAGGCGGGACAGAAACAGCGUCCUGAGCCGACCUGAGUUCUUGUCCCUGAACCAGCCCCUCCGAGGCGGCGGCCCAUCUGAGAGCCGAGGCAGCGCAAGGCGACCGGGUCAAAUCAAACACCAAACAAGCCAGCCAUGCGAAGAACCUACCGACAGUGCCAGCAAGGAGCGGAAAGAGCCCAGCAAAAUGCCCGAGGAAGACUGUAUGCAGCUGAACCCCUCGUUCAAGGGAAUAGCAAUGAACGCCCUCCUCGCCAUUGACAUCAGCCUAUCCAAGCGCAUGGGGGUCUGCGCCUACACGUCGUCGUCCUGGGGAGGAUGCCGGUCCAUGGUCGCACUGCUCGCGCUUACGGGACACGGCAUCACGUGGAUCAUUGGCACUAUCGUGUGUCUCACGAGGAGUAAUACUCUGGCUGGGCAAGAGGUCCUGGUCAACCUGCUGCUGGCCCUGAUCCUAGACGUCAUGACUGUGGCAGGAGUCCAGAGACUGGUGAAGCGCAGAGGACCCUGGGAGAUGACGCCGGGUUUCCUGGACUAUGUCGCCAUGGACACAUACUCUUUCCCCGCUGCACAUGCCAGUCGGGCUGCCAUGGUCUCUAAAUUCCUGCUGUCCCACCUCGUUCUGGCCGUGCCGCUCCGCAUCCUGCUGGUGCUCUGGGCCUUCCUGGUGGGCAUGUCCCGGGUGCUGCUGGGGAGGCACCACCUGACCGACAUGGUGUGCGGCUUCGCUCUGGGCAUGCUGCACUUUAGCUUGAUGGAGACUGUGUGGUUGUCAUCAAGCACUUGUCAGACUCUCAUUUCCAUAGGCACCCUUAGCUGGAGCCCCUUUAACUGAGCCUUUGAUAUCUAGUUAGCUAGUUCUACGAAGCCGAUUUGAUGCUCCAUCAUGUUAUGGAGUUAGGAAGGUCUCGUAAACUUCUUUGCAAAAAUCAGAGAUUCUGCAUAUUGCAUAUUGUGAAUACUUCUACAGGCCUAAAUGCAACGUCAAAGACACAUCAGGCAGGUCAAGAGAGUUCACAAAGCCUUUUUAAAUGCUUCAAAAAAUCUCUGAUUUAAUCCACCUACACACCUUUACUGCUUCCUCAUCUCAAGUUAGGACUAGCUGAGCAGGUGAAAGAAAGAGAAAUUACUAAUUGGCAAGGAUUUGACAAAAGCACAAUGUAGAAUGUUUAUGUCUUGAUAUUCCUUUUGGAAUAAACAACAUCACUACCGCCCACAUCCUUUGCUGAACCUCUUUCUAUUCACUAAAUUCUUGCAAGAGUCCCUGUGCCUCUUCCUCUUUACUCAAUUACCUCUUUUUACUUCCCUUUCUGUUACUUCUUCCUCUACCCUGCAUUUUUUUCAAAGGUUUGAGCUUUUCCUUUGGAUGUGAUUGCUAAAUCAGAUAGAGAUGUAUGAUUAGAUGUAUCUAAAAUGUAUUAAAUAAACAAAAUUUGGAUAUUCCACAAUGUCCCUCGUCAGCAUGGUAGUGAAGUUGUUUGUGCAUUUCUCACUGAAAUUCUGUAUUCUACUGAAAGAUGUUAUAGUUUUUUAUGUUACUGAAAUUUUCUGUUUAUGUAAAACAAAUAGCACAUUUGCUAUGUGGGAUGAAGGAUUUUUUACUGGACACUCAAAUGGAAUUUCGAUCACUUCGAUCACUUAGACGCUUAACUGAACUGAAGCCGACUAUUGAACUGCAAAAGCUCUCACAUUACAACUUCCUGAUCUGCAGUAACAGACAAUCACCUGUCUGUUUGUCAGUGGUGCUGAUCGUACGCUGAACAACGGAAGGAUGUGUGUGUGUGUGUGUGUGUGUGGGUGUGUGUGCACGAGUGGAUGCAUGUGCAAGAUAACAACUUUGAAAUAUCAGUUUUGAUCAAACUAUGCCUUUUCUUUAAUGCAUUACAUACUUUUUUGAAUGUUUAUUUUAUGAACAGUGAAACCACAUUUUUUUGCUGCAGCAAAAAUAUUUCAGUGGUUUGGGUCUCUGUAAAUAUAGUAUGUGUAUAUCAGCAUUUCUUUUUUUUUUUUUUUAAAUCUUUUUAAAGACAAAUGACUAUGUUGUCUUUUCACUGUGGUUUUUCUCUCAUUAAGAAAAGGAGGUGGACAGUCAGUCAUUAAAAUGUUGAAUGCCUUCUUUAGUAUUACAUUAUUUGUGCAUGGUUAUAAAUAUGCCAUUUACAAUUAACAUUUUUGUUGUUUUCCUCUUGAUUUUCUGGUUGAGUUGUAUGCUGAUGAGUGUGUGAGUGUGUG